AUGAAAGACCGACUUCAAGAAUUAAAACUGAAGACCAAGGAAAUGGAACUCUCUCGGGACAGCCAGGUGUUUGUGGAAGCAGAGGAACAAGGGGUGCUUGUCCAGCAAGCUGUUAUUUAUGAGAGAGAGCCUGUAGUUGAGAGACACCUACAUGAGGUCCAAAAACUGCAGGAGAACAUUAACAGCUUUGUUGAUGAUGUUCAGCGAUUUGGACAGCAGCAGAAAAGUCUGGUGGCUUCUAUGAGAAGGUUUAGUCUACUUAAACGAGACUCUACCAUUGCCAAGGAGAUAAAAACUCAAGCAGAACACAUAAACAGAGCGCUGGGUGAAUUAGUCAAGGAAGUGAAAAAGUCAGAGGUUGAAAAUGGUCUAUCAUCAGUAGUCACGAGGAUACUUCAGUCUCAGUAUGCUUCCAUGUUCCGCCAUUUUCAGCAAACCAUGUUUCUGUACAAUGAUACAAUAGCUUUAAAGCAGGAAAAGUGCAAGACAUUUAUUGUGCGUCAGCUUGAAGUGGCUGGAAAAGAAGUGUCUGAAGAGGAAGUCGAUGACAUGCUUCAUCAUGGGAAAUGGGAGAUUUUUAAUGAAAGCUUACUCACAGAAACCAGUAUCACUAAAGCCCAACUCUCAGAGAUUGAACAGAGACACAAAGAACUUGUGAAUUUGGAGAACCAAGUGAGGGACCUCCGGGACCUUUUCAUUCAGAUAUCUCUUCUAGUAGAGGAACAAGGAGAGAGCAUCAACAACAUUGAGGUAAUGGUCAACAGCACAAAAGAUUACGUUAGCAAUACCAAAGAGAAAUUUGGACUUGCUGUAAAAUACAAAAGAAGAAACCCCUGCAGGGCCCUGUGUUGUUGCUGCUGUCCAUGCUGUGCCUCCAAAUAAAGAUGCCAUCUUAGAGACUUUCU